AGACAUUUACAUAAAUGGAGGCAUGGAAUUACUGAGAAUAGAAACUGUUGAUGUUGAUGGAAAACCAAAAAGCAUUCAAAGCAAUGACCGAACAAGACAAUGCAUCUUGCAAAAUGUAUUAAACACUGAUAAUCUACUACUACAUGCCUCUAUGUUUAAGGAGCUUAGUGACAAUACUUAUGAUAUAGAGAGUAAUGUUAAGCUCAAAGAUGAAGUAGAAUGUGUAGAAUUGCAAAAUGAUUUGUCUAGUACGAGCCAACAAAUGAAACAGGUGGAAGAACAUGAAAAAGUUGUCCCAGAACCCGCACCUGUUCAAGAGACCAAAACGAGUAUACUUAAACAUGAAGAAGUACAGGAUGUUAAAAAGCCUUUAAUUGCCAAACCUUCAGACAGAUUUAAAGUUAGUAAAACGACUCUAAAUGAACCACUUACAUCUAGUCCAAAAAUCCUUAAAAAUGGAACUCAUAGAUCUACAAUACUCCCAGAACCAGUUUUAACCAUAAGAGAUUUAGAACAAAGGCCUAUACAGACUGAUGAAGAAAUUAGAUCUCAAAGUAUUUCGAAAAUGACAGGGUCACCAAAAUCGGUCACUUUCAAGAGCCAAGUGGAAAUAUCUGAUGAAACACUUGAAUUAAGGAAAUAUGCAGGAAAGAUUAAACCACCAAAUAUAUUGGUGUUUUCUGAAAGUUUGGUAGCUGUUGAUAAUGUCAAGAGUGCUCUGAAGAGUAUAUUGCAGAAAAAUAAAUAUACAAUAUAUACUCUAACUAAACCACAAGUCAUGACGGACACUUGGAUGGACAAUGCUUUGCUAGUCAUAGUUUGCGGAACCGUUUCUUCAGAUGUUGCUCCUAGAUUAUUGAAUUAUUUACUAAAAGGUGGAAAACUGCUGUGUUUGUGUUCAGAUUUGAUACAUACAGUGCUUCCCACGUACAAAACUGCAGAGGUACGCGAGCACGAGCUUGUCCGUUUCUCUUAUGGCAGAUGGCAAAAUGUUCGAAUGAUGCAUCAUAUAUUUUGUUAUCAGGCUUCACCAGCACGAAAGCAUUUCAUGCAUGAUUCCAUUGAAGAAAAUAAUCAAUCUCAAGGAAGUUCUUCUGUUCAACCACGAGCUCCGUCCUCAAUAGAAGUUCGUGAUUCUUAUGGACGACCCCAUAAGUUAUCGGUUGAGGUUUUGGGUGCAGAAGAAACAUGGCACACGCCUAGUUUAUUGUUGGCCACAGCACUGCCCGAUCAGAAUAAUAAAUUGAGUGCAUCUUCCAUUGGAAGAGCUGUUUUUAGUCAGGUACAUUUGGAAGUAUUCCCACACAGUAUGAAUCAGAAGAAGCAAAGUAUUCAGUUUUGA